AGGCGGAUGUAGCCGUGUGUGGCCUCGGGCUGUUUUCAUGCUGUUAAAUGAAAAAUUAGCUGUCUGCAGCCUGUCAGGGACUCUUUCCGCGGACUCUCGGAGCCUACAGCGCUACAAACAUGGCUGCAGAGCUAUCAACUUCCAUAAACAUCAAGGAACCACGGUGGGACCAGAGCACGUUUAUAGGGCGAGCCAAACACUUCUUCACCGUCACAGACCCCAGGAACAUCUUACUGACUAACGAACAACUAACACAUGCACACAAAGUCAUCACCGACUACAGGGAAGGGAAUGUUUCUCCAGGGCUGACAGAAGACGAACUGUGGAGAGCGAAGUAUGUUUUUGACUCUGCUUUCCAUCCCGACACCGGAGAGAAGAUGAUCCUGAUCGGUCGCAUGUCCGCACAAGUUCCUAUGAACAUGACCAUCACUGGAUGCAUGAUGACAUUUUAUAAGACGACUCCCGCUGUUCUGUUCUGGCAGUGGAUCAAUCAGUCUUUCAAUGCAAUAGUCAACUAUACCAACAGGAGCGGCGACGCUCCAAUAACAGUCAACCAGCUUGGCACAGCGUAUGUGUCUGCCACCACGGGGGCAGUGGCCACCGCUCUAGGACUAAAUGCACUAACAAAGCAUAUUUCACCUCUGAUUGGAAGAUUUGUUCCAUUUGCUGCUGUAGCUGCUGCUAACUGUAUCAAUAUCCCACUAAUGAGACAAAGAGAGCUUCAACAUGGCAUUCCCAUCACAGACGAAAAUGACAACAGGCUAGGAGAGUCAACAAAAGCAGCACAGCAGGCCAUCUCACAGGUGGUGGUCUCCAGGAUCCUCAUGGCUUCUCCAGGAAUGGCUAUCCCGCCGUUUUUAAUGAACCACCUGGAAAAGAAGGCUUUUUUAAAGAGGUUCCCAUGGAUGAGUGCACCUAUUCAAGUCAGUCUGGUGGGAUUCUGUUUGGUGUUUGCCACUCCUCUGUGCUGCGCAUUGUUCCCACAGAAGAGCUCCAUGUCAGUCAGCCGCCUGGAGCCGGAGCUGCAGGAGAAAAUCCGGUCCAAUCACCCCGGAGUGGAGAGAGUGUACUUCAACAAAGGGCUAUGAGUGCACAGCCCCCCCAACCCAAACACUGUCAUACAAGCUGCAGGCUUACCUCCUCUGUCAGCUUUCCUCAUUCAGUGUGCCAAAGUUACGUUUUCCACCAUGAAGGACCAUCAUUUGUUCAGUUUGUAAGGAUUUUUUUAUCUUAUUGUGGUGGGUGUUCAUUUGAAAUGCUAACAAAAAUUCUUUCUGCCUGGGCCAGAUGAA